AUGCCUCCUGGUCCGAGCGAUGCUGGGAUGAAAGGUGUCCUCUUCUCUGCCGUCUUGCCCCUUCUGGGCGCGAGCGCUGGCUACUACCAGCUCCUUGCGGGUGUGAAGAAGGCAAAAGCCGAGGUGCCUGGCUGCGAUGGGGACAUCAGCAAGUACACCGCCGUGAGCAGCAUCAUGCUGGCAGUGUGUGCAGUCUACGGAUUCGUUGGCGCUUUUGUCAUCAGUACUGACCUGGUCAAGGAACCAGCCUUGCCAGAGAAUUCCGCCUUCGCGGCGGGACUGGUGAAUGGCCUUGCUUCUGCAAUCUCAGCCUUGGGCCAGGGCUACUUUGCAUCGAAAGCUGUGGAGGCGGGAGCUCGGCAGGCAAGCGCCUUUGUGGCUUUUGUCCUCAUCUUGAUUUACAUCGAGGCUUUUGCUCUCUAUGGCCUCGUAGAUAGCCUGGUGAUCGGAGGCAUCGCCCUUGAGAGCCAAGUCGAUAUUCAUCCUGGCACUGUGAUGCCCUUUACUUCCGUGUUCCUCCUUGCCACCCUUGGAGGUGUGGUUGGCUCAGCCGUCUCCGGCUAUGCGAUCAUGGAGAUCAUUCCGAUGAGACCUGAUUUGGCCAUGAAGUCCAUGAUUCCAGUGGUCUUCAACGGCGUCACGGGCAUCUAUGGCCUGAUCAACGGCGUCGUAGACACGCAACCAUGGCCGCCGACGGGGAACGACUGGGCCGCUGGCCUCUUGUACCUCCUCUCUAGUCUCGGUUUGAGCUACUACGGCUACACAUGUGUGAAGGCCCUGCUGGGACCUCACCGUUUCAUCGAAAUCAUCGGCAAGCUAACGCUGAGCCAAUCCGUGGGGCUUGCGGGUCUGAUAUACGGCCUCCUGAAGCACAGCAAGGUGAUUGAAGUCACAUACGGUCCCGUCUCCCUCGUUGCUUCUGGACUGCAGCAACACCAGGCCGAAGCCUUCGUCGCUUUAUUGCUCUUCCUGGUGCCCCUGGGGGCUGCCCUGUGCGCCGUAGCCCUGAGACGUCGGCAGACUCCACUGGAAGCGUCUCUCCUGGCCUCCUGA